AUGAAGAGAAAUGAAUCGUCGUGGAACGCGAUCGACGAUGAAGACGAGGAGGAAGAUUCAGACAAAGAAAAGGAGGAGGACGCCGCGCGUGGUCGAGAAGACGACGACGACGACGCGAUGAUCGAGGAGGAGGAUCAACGAGAAUUGGAAGAAGAGAGGAGGACGGAAACGACGACGACAAGUUCUAAAACGAACAUGAAACGAGAAAAUUCGAGCAACCAUUUGCUGAAAUACUUGAAAAAAUCGAUAUCGACGAUUGACUUACCGGACUUACCGGAUCUGGCGUUUGAGGCGUCGAAGGAGUUGAUCGAGGACGUUCGAAUGAGGAUGACGACGUUGUUAAGCACGAGCUCGGAGAACGCCUCUCGAUUGAUCGCGAGAAUGUCGCAAUCGAUGCAGUCUCGAUUGAACUUGGGAUACGAGUUGUAUAAAACGAACUGGACGAGAGAGAAUAGAAAAGUGACUUUAUUUUUAGUCGCGUUUACGUUUGCCGCGUUAAUUCUCGUUCUGUUUUGGUUGUUCGUGCUCUAUUUAGCGUGGAAAGAGUUAGGGAGAUGGUUGACGAGUAAAGUUGUGAUUGCGAUAUCGGCGAUUAUUGGAUCCGCCGUGGCGCCGCCGCUGUUCCCGAACAUUUUCGCGCACGUGUUGGCGUUCGCAUUAAUCGGGAUGGAGUUGUUUAGUUUGACGUUGAACUUGAUAUUAUUAGGUGGCGUGCAUUUGAUCGUGUUUGCAAAUCGAGUGUUGAGUUUAAAGUGGUUUUUUGUGAGUCGAUUGGAAAAGUCGUCGUUGUUAGUCAACGCGGCCGGGAGCAAGACGAAGGCCACAACCAAUCGCGUACAGUUGAUUGAAAAAUUACGUGUGGCGAAGGAUUACAAGGAGUGGCUAGACAUCGCUUUGCAGCUGGAUGCAUUACCGGUGGACACCGGUGAAGGUGGUAAUGAUUGGAAAAGGGACGAAACGUCGGACGCGUACGAUUACGCGUUGGUGAGAGGAUACGCGGAGACUAUGAUUGCGGCGAGGGAAAGGAAAGACGUAAACGCGAUUGGUUUAGCGUUGCGAACGGUUUUACACAGAAAUUUUGCUGGAUUAGAUAGAUUGAUGAAGUUGCAACACUCGCGAGUUGGCACAAAGUUACUCGCCACGCGGUUUAAAGAUGAAACUGUGCGCGCGAUUGAGUUCAUCUCCUCGGACGAGUAUUGCGAAGAUGAAGAUGUCGUGGAUACGUUAAAACUCGUCCGCGAGGCGCACAGAAGUUUAGGAAGGACGGGAUUGUGUCUCUCUGGUGGCGGCGCGUUAGCCAUGUACCAUUUUGGCGUCAUUCGGUGUUUGUUAGAGGAAGGUUUGUGCCCUUUGGUGGUUUCCGGGACGUCCGGCGGAUCUAUAGUGGCGGCGUUCAUUUCCAUGCUUUCCGAGGAGGAUCUAUUGGGCACGAUUAAGGACGAUAUUAGCGUUCGACACGGCGUUCGAUGGUUCCCGCCGGUGUGGAAAAUGAUCGCGCACUUCCUCCAACAUGGCGUCUUAAUGUCCGAGGUUGACUUUGGAAACACGACCAAGAAGUAUUUCGGCGACAUCACGUUCGAGGAAGCCUACGCGAUUUCAAAGCGACACGUGAGCAUUCAAGUCAGCGUCGGUUCCGGGCAUGGUUUCGUUUUGAACCACGUGACGUCUCCUCGGGCGUUAGUGCGAACCGCCGUGUGCGCCUCGUGCGCUUUACCGGGACUCAUGCGUCCAUCGCCCAUUCUUUGCAAAGCCUCCGACGGCAGCUUGGAAUCGUUUCAUCCUCCGGGCGUUUCCUCGUUCGACGGAACCAUCACUCAAGACAUUCCGGCCGCGCGCUUAACCGAACUGUUCAACUGCAACAACUUCAUCGUCUCCCAAGUGAACCCACACUUGAACUUUGUCUUGCACCUCGCCGAAGAGUCGCACGGUCGACGAAGAUCCACCUACGCCGAACGAGGUAAAAAUCGCCGCGCCGCGGUAACGAAACUUCUCCGCGUGGCCAACUUCCUUCUCUUGAACAUCAAAUACUCCAUCCAGAAACUUCUCGAAGUCGAUUUACUGAACCUUCGAAUCUUGCGAACGUUGCAAGGCAUCUUAGUCCAAGACUUCCAAGGCCACAUCACCGUCCUCCCAUCGCUCACGUUCAAAGACUAUUGCUCCAUCGGCGCCCAACCGAGCGAACAAGACAUGCACCGAUUCAUCCGACGAGGCACUCAAACCACCUGGGCGCACAUCGAAACAAUCAGGCACACCAUGGAAGUCGAAACGGCUUUGAAAAAAGCCACCGCGCGGUUAACCGCGCGAGCGAAAACGUUGAAAAGAGCCGCCAAGAAAACCCCGGGGCCUUCUCUCGCGAACGCGACCCCGCCUGCGAAAGUUCGCGUUCUGAGUACGAGCAACAGUAGCAGAAAUAAUACCCCCGUGGCGUCCCCGAGAGUCGGUUUAGAAGACGACAUGAUGCUUCACGAUUGA